UGCGCAGCUAAAUCUGAAACUUGGGUUUAUUAUCCAUGUGCCGUGGAUGCAUUCUCGUGUCAAAUUAGAGCCGCUUCUCAGCAGGCACACGCUCUGUGCGCGCUGCGUGGGCGUGCGUAAUUUGCUCUCAUUAUUAGUCUUCCCUCAAAGUUGUGUAAGAAGUUUGAAGAGGACAAUUAAUGGAAAGUCCUCAUGAAUAGACAACCUUGUUUGAGCAGAGAAGGCUCAUUUGUUUCCCCUAGAGAACAAGGAAGUGUUGAACCAACGAAUGGGUUAAAGGUUCCCGUUUAACAGAACAGCCAACUUAGAUCAACUUAUUCCCAACCUACAGUCACAGUGUCCGUGUCAUUGGUCACUGUGGGUAAAGUAGUUCAGUGUUGCACUCGGGUGAGAAAGGGGGGGGGGGGGGGGGUUCUUGAUUGCAACAUCAAACAGUGGUGUCGUCAGCAAUUCGUGCAGGCACUGGCUGUUCCAAAAUAAAUAUUGACGUGAUUGUUGUAUUCAAAUGAGCUGCCUGACCGGACACAGACGGGCCAAUCAGAGCCCAUCGUGUCAUUACACCUUCUUUUCAGAAAAUCAUUCAUAACGCCGAUGCGUCAAACACUCACAGAGGAGCCCGCUAUAAAUACGGCUGCGCGCAACGCACAGUUAGACAUUUUCCCAAAAUCAAACGAAAGACACAACUGAGCAAGAACCGUGGGAAUCCGCUUACCUUUGACUAUUCUCUCUACCUUGCUUUACAUUUUCAAGUCUAUAUUCAGCUCACAAUGCUGGCCAUGGAUGGAUUAUAUGUGAAACACGUCGUGGUGGCAGCGCUGUGCUCCGUGCUGGCCACAGGGUCCCCGGUGGUGGGGCCAGAGCCGAUCCGAUGCGCCCCGUGUACUCCGGAGAAGCUGAGCCAGUGUCCGGCGGUGGCGCCCGAAUGCGCCGAGGUGCUGCGGGAACCCGGCUGUGGAUGCUGCCUCGCCUGCGCCCUGAAGGCUGGGGAGCUGUGCGGGAUCUACACGGCUCCGUGCGGCUCCGGACUGAGGUGCACCCCCAGACCCGGCGACCCCCGACCGCUGCAUUCCCUCACUCGGGGACAAGCCGUGUGCACGGAUAGCACUGAGCCCGAGUCGACCCCGGAGCCCCAGACCCAAGAUCAGGGAGAACCGGAGCCUGAGAUGGAGAACGCAGCCAUCGUCUCGGACCCCGGCUCCAGUCACUACCUCCCCGGCCUCAAUAAGCCCUACGACCCGAGGGCAGCCGCCGACGCACAGGAGAGCAUGAAAGCCAAACUCAUCGCCAUCCGCAAGAAACUGGUGGAGCAGGGGCCCUGUCACGUGGAGCUGCAGAGAGCCUUGGACAAAAUUGCCAAAUCCCAGCAGAAAUUAGGAGACAAAUUAACCAGAUUCUACCUCCCCAACUGUGACAAACACGGGCUGUACAAACCCAAACAGUGUGAAUCCUCUCUGGAUGGCCAGCGAGGUCGAUGCUGGUGUGUGAACUCCUGGAACGGCAAAAAGAUUUUAGGUUCGACAGAUGUUUCUGCAGAAUCCGAAUGCCCUUAAAGGAGAUCAACCACUGAAGCAGAUCUCACACAAAAAAGACGAAGCCACUGAUUUCCCCCCUUUUUUUGAGCUGUUUAUUUAUUGAUCUUGUCCAUGGUGGUGUUUAAUUCAGGUACACUGUCAUUGUGGGACUGCAGAUCCCAAAUCCUUCAAACCCCCGUCCCAAAGAGAGAAAGAUCUAUUUUUGUUUUUAAUAUUGAAGCAUUUACUUCUACUCUUCAGCCUUAUUUAUUUCAAUUUUAAUGUAUCUUGUUUGUUAUUUGUAAUUAUUUCAUGAGUAUUUAUAUCAUUUUUGCCUUGUUAUUAUUAUUAUUUUUAUGGGUGUAUAAAGUGUAUAUAUGUAUCUUGGCCCUGAGUAACUCCGUUGCUGAGUUGAACUCGCUCUACCCUUAAAGUUUGGUUUAUGACAAACCAAGUCAGAACAAAAGCAGUGAGUGACCAAAUGUCAUUUAGAAGUAUUUCUAAAUGUUGAUUUUAUGAUUAAUUUUCACAUUGUUGCCAUUGUUUUGUCUUCUUUUCUUGUUUUGUCUUUUUUUUCCUGAUGUGACACAUUUUCAACUCUUGUCAGUGAAUGCAAACUCUCAGUCGGGAAUCCUCAAAGAGUCUCAGAAAAAACAUAUCUCAUGGGCUGCAGAUAUAUAACAUGACAGGCGGUGCCCCUGCGCCACCUCUCACACGGGUAUUUCUACAUUUACCUACCUCCAAUAUUUAUGUGUCUACUGUCAGUUGAGUUGAUGUAUUUGUCAUAAAAAGACUUGCUAUUUUACUGUAUAUGUUUCGGUUCUCUCUGACCAAGAACACAUGACCACAAAGAGCGAGUCCCACAGUGAACCGUGACGUGAUUCAUCAGUGACUGCUCUACUCUGUAGACAUACAUGCUGCUGUUGGAGAGAGAAGUGUUUAUGUGAGUCUAUUCCAAAGUGACUAACUGCUCACUUGUGUGUAUGUACACUUUUGUAACUGAGAUGUAAUGUAAAAAAAAGGUGAUAUAUUUAAUAAAAACAUUAACCUCA